AUUCCAGCCGCAGCGAACAAUCGGCCCUCAGUUAUUUAUUAGUGCAGCUCGCAGCCUCGCUCAGCUCAGUCUGCUGCUGCCCGUCGGCGCGCACACACACGUACAUGGAGCAGAGGGGCUUGGGAAACUUGUGGACGCUGUUGAAUUGAGCGCAAAACACGAAGAGACCGCAACACCUGCUAACUGUUUGGUGUGUGAUGAGACUGUAAUUCGAUUUGUGAAGAGACCACCAAACCACCACAUCCAGGCUGCUCAUCUUUUUUACUCAUUUCCCGCUGACUGAAAUGCGAACUGCUGAAGACUCCUCUGGCACGGUCCUGCACCGUCUCAUCCAGGAGCAGCUCCGCUACGGUAACCUAACAGACACUCGCACUCUGCUGGCCAUCCAGCAGCAGGCUCUGCGUGGAGGCAGCAGCGGCGGAGGCACGGGCAGUCCCCGCUCCUCUCUGGAGAGUCUGACUCAGGAGGAGACCCAGUACAUCCAGAUGUCGACGCGGCAGGAGCCUCAAGGCCAGGAGCACCAGGGGGACGGUCUGCACUCUGAGAGUCCCAUGUGCCAUCUGUACCAGCUCCACGGUGAGGAGCUGCCCACUUAUGAGGAGGCCAAGGCCCACUCCCAGUACCUGAUCUCUCGGAAGGGGCAGGUGGAGCAGGAAAGCCCCAGCAUGGACAUAAUGGGGAGUCACAAUGGGGGACAGUGGGAUCUGAAGAGGGAGCAUGCUCGCUCCCUCAGUGAGAGACUCAUGCAGCUUUCUCUGGAGAGGAACGGACCUAGAGACAGUCUGGCUACAAGCUUUUCACACAGCUAUCCACAGCUGUAUAAUAAUAAUGUUACAAACUCUGUGGCACCUGACAGGCUAGGGGCCCAACAGUGUGUAGGCCAGCGAGGGCCACCACCAGACUAUCCUUUCUGUGCCAGACUUCCUGGAUAUAUGCUCAGUCACUCACAGGAACAUGGACAGUACUACAGAGAUCCUCCUCCCCCCUUCUACUCACAGCAUCACAGGUAUGUGACUGCUCAGUCCCAGGUGGGUCACAACAGCAUCUCUGCAGCCUCCAGCAAUAACUCAGCUCAGACCGACGUGUUGAUGCGGGAGAACGAGCGGCUCAGGAAGGAGCUGGAGGUCUACAUCGAGAAGGCCGCCAGGCUGCAGAAGUUGGAAUCGGAGAUUCAAAGAAUAUCUGAAGCCUAUGAGACUCUGAUGAAAGGUUCUGCCAAGCGGGAAACUCUGGAGAAAACAAUGAGGAAUAAAUUAGAGGCUGAGAUCAAGAGAAUGCAUGACUUCAACAGAGACCUGAGAGAACAACUUGACACGGCCACCAAACAACGAGCGGCCAAGGAAGCCGAGUGCACCGACCAGAAGCAGCACGUCUUUGUUAAACUGCUGGAGCAAAACGAAGAGCAGCAGCGAGAGCGCGAACAUCUGGAGAGGCAGAUUCAGCAUCUGCGUGUCUCCGGGGAGGAGUGCCAGCGGAGGCGGGAGCUGCUGGAGCAGGGUCUGGCCUCGGCGCAGGCCCGCAACCGGCAGCUGGAGGAAGAACUGCAGAGGAAGAGAGCCUACGUAGAAAAAGUGGAGCGGCUGCAGAGCGCACUGGCUCAACUCCAGGCCGCAUGCGAGAAGAGGGAAUCGCUGGAGCUGCGGCUUCGCACGCGACUCGAGCAAGAACUGAAAAGCCUCAGGGCACAGCAGUCUCAGAACCAGGCAGCUGACCCUGCAGCUUCAGAACUGAGCUCCUCCACAUUGCAGCAGCAGCUGAGGGAGAAAGAGGAGCGUAUUCUGGCCCUGGAGGCAGACAUCACCAAGUGGGAGCAGAAGUAUCUGGAGGAGAGCACCAUGAGGCAGUUUGCAAUGGAUGCAGCUGCCACUGCUGCAGCACAGAGAGAUACAACCAUCAUCAAUCACUCGCCCCGACAUUCACCCAACAGCAGUUUUAAUGAAGACCUGCCUUUGUCCAAUCACAGACAUCAGGAGAUGGAGAACAGGAUCCGGGCACUUCAUGCGCAGCUCCUGGAGAAGGAUGCCGUGAUUAAAGUCCUCCAGCAGCGCUCCAGAUGGGAGCAGGGCAAACUGGAGAAGCAAGGGCUUCGGCUGGCGAGGUCCGUCCCUUCCAUCAACACUGUGACCAGCAGCAUGGAGAGUAAAGGAAAGAGCCUCUCAGAUGACCUGACAGGUGUGGCUGCACUGCAACCCCAGCCCUGUGUGGUGUCCAAGGCCCCGAGCAGAGACUCCAGCACCCAAAGUGAUGAGGCCCCACAGGAGUCUGAGCUCACGGCAGAGUCUGGCAAGCUGAAGAUGUCUGAAGCGAUCUCAGCAGCUACCACUGACACCUCGGAGGAGCCAAAGGCACCACUUAAGACAUUCAAGAGUAUCAACGGCUCAGAUGCAGAGGUGGUUGAAAUCCUCAUUUGAGAGCCCACUGAAGCUCAAAUAACUGAAUGGUCACAGCCAAGGAUGACUGACUCUUCUGGCCGAGGUGUUUAAGGCUUUCCUCCACGUCUGACGACCGUAAAGAGAGGCCUGAAUCCACAUGCAGAGUCCAGAAUGUGACAUAGUUUUGAGAGGAGAGCUGAGCUUUCCUUCUCCUGUUUCUGCACAAUUCACUAACUCUGACAUUUGCCUCACAAGUCAGAAUUCUUCUAGGUACCUGGACAGUAUUCUGCACUGUGAUAGGAACUGAGCUGCUGAAUGUGCAUAUACAUAGUUUGUGCAUGUUAUUUUUUAGUCACAUAUUGUAUUUAUAUUUGUAAAUGCUGCUCAUAUUGUGAUAUUUCUGUUUGAGAUGUGAGAAGAGCAAGGAUCACGUUUCUGGCUCUGCUCCACUGUUUAAUAUAUAUAAAUGACUCACUCUUCUGGAUAAUGCGUGCAGCCUGUCUAGAUUUUGUUUCCAGUAGCAUGCCUAUUACAAUGGGAAUAUUUAUAAGAUCACUCAGUAUAAGCAUCCUCUAUGUUUUCAUGCCGUGUUUGAAGAUCAUUCUGUUUAACAGAGCUACUCAAACCUAAAUUAACAGUUGCUCCUCUAUUUAAAAUACACUGGGGCCCUACUCAGCAGAGGAUUUGGAAACUUCCUUUGAAUGUGGGGCACGCUCAUUUCUCUCUUUAAAAAGCCUGCGAGGAUUGACAGUGUUUCACGCUCGUCUAAUUCUCCAGAUCCUGGGUUAAUGUUUGGGGCCUCAGAUGACGACUGUCCAACAUUUCGCUCCCCUUCGCUGACAUGCUGGAGCUAAUCUUCUCACAUUCCUCGCUGAGGGAUUGCUCCCGUUAAAGAAAAAGGCUAUCUAAAGUCUGACCCCUCACCCUUGUUAAAAUGGCAUGCAUUCUCUACAUGAUUCCUUUUCUGGGGCUGGUUAUUUCUUCUGAGCCAUGGUAGCUGGUUCUACCAUAAGCAUAGAAAUGGUCAACUAUAAUUGGCCUCCAUUUGCUACUCUUAUUUGUUGUCCCCAUCACUCUGUUAUAUUCAGCUGGGUUUUCUCCAUUGCUCAAGUAUCUCACAUUUCUGAGUGGACUAUAUCCUUACCAUGGAAUCUUCUAUUUAUUUCUCCCUGCAUAGUGUAGGAUCACUGAACACUGCUGAAUGUAGACUCCUGUUUUCCAGGAUCAUAUUUUGUAGUUAACUGGAAUGUGCCACAAGUCAGAAGAUGUGCUCUACUCUUCAGAGAGGAACACUGCUAAAAUCCAACAUCAGUUGUUUUGUAAAGAAGCUAAUAUAUUAUUGUUCAGAUUUGAGAUGUUAGUACUGAUGUCAGUUAUUGAGCGCUCCAAAAUCUUUGUGUUGCAGUCACAAAAUCCAACUCCAUCUUCACAACAUGUCCAGCAGGAGUAUUGUUUGAAGUCCUACAAGUAGCAUGUGAAAUCUAACAUUGAACUGGUAUUCCCCUACAAGUUUCUUCAUCUUAUCUCCUGUCACAGUGCAUUUGCUGGUCAAUGCAGUGUCAGUUUGAGUUAAUGCCCUUCACUUUUUUUGGAAUGUGUUUACAUGAAUGGCUAUUUGAAGUGAGAGAAGUUAAUAUAUAUUUUGUAGUUUGUUUGUUUUUCAUUUAUAUCGUGUAAUUUGUUUUCUGGUGCCAAAGAUGUACUCUACUUUUAAGUUAUAACCGAUGACAAACACAAAAGGUUCUGUUAAGGUGCCUUGCUUCAGCUGGUUGACCCAUUAUGAUGUUGCUGUGAACAUUUGUAAAGGAAGCAUUUGUAUGUAUGCCUUAACAUUUCACAAUAAUAGAUUAAAAUUCUUAAUAUAUGUCUGAUAAA